UGGUUAGUACACGUCACACGUCAUUGGUUAGCGUAAAUGAUACAACCGUGUGAAAAUAUUUGCAAAAUUAUUGUCAAAUAAAUACAAAUUUGGACUGUGCAAAUAAUAUGGAAACGCUAUAUCAUCAAACUAAUAAAUUAAUACAGGAAACACAGCAUCUUUUCUCGCAGUUGGAGAGAAAAUCGUCCAACGUAGAUUUGCAGGAAAUAAAGGAAAUUAUAGAGAGCAAACUCAAUCUUAUCAACAGCAAUUGCGAGCGUCUUGAUGUACUAUGCCUCAAGGGACCUGUGUCGCAAAGGCAGAAUGCCAGAAUGAGAGUGGAUCAGUUGAAAUAUGACAGUCGUCAUCUCGCAGCUGCCUUAAAUUCCUUGUGCAGUCGUAUGGCACGUCAGCAAAGAGAAGAAGCAGAGAGGGAGGCCUUGCUUGCCAGAAAAUUCACCAGCAACGACCAUGUGGACAUAUUAAUCGAUCAUACUGUACAACAUAAUAGCAGUAUGCACAACGCUAUUCAUGGUGUAGACGAUCUGUUAAAUCAGGGAAGCAGUGUCCUGGAUAAUUUGAGAUCUCAGAGACUAACAUUGAAAGGAGCUCACAAACGUUUGAUAGACAUUGGUAAUACCUUAGGCCUUUCCAACACUACUAUGAGGCUCAUCGAACAAAGAGCCAAACAAGAUGGAUUUAUUUUAGUUGCCGGUAUGACUUUCACAUGUAUAGUCAUCAUCUUGGUGAUAGUAUAUCUAACUUAGAUACAUUCCACAAUUUAUUAAAUACAAUACAUAUUUGCAGCUGUUAAUAGUAUACAUUUAUAUAGCUAUUAGUUUUGCUGUUUUAUUUAAUUGCUAUCGUUCUUUAGAAAGAUUAUAAGGUGAAAACUAUAAAGAA